AUGACUCAUGUGAUGGCUCAAGCUAAUGAGGCCUUGUUGGUUAAUCAACAAGCUAAUCAGAAUCAGAAUGGGGAAGAUGAUGAGUUUAGAGGACAGCAAAAAUUCCAAAAGAAUAACCCUCUCACAUUUAAGGGAAGGUAUGAUCCUAACGCUGCACAUCCUUGGAUUAAAGUGAUUGAGAAAAUUUCUAGGGUCAUGGCAUGUACUAAUGCUCUUAAAAUGUUGUUUAGACCUUAUACGUUGUAUGAAAAAGCUGUCACUGGUGGGAGAAUACCCGAAUUUUUGGAUAAACAUUUUCCAGCAGAUGCUCCUAACCCUAAGAAGAUUGAAUUCUUAGAGUUAAAGCAAGAUAACAUGUAUAUGGUUGACUAUGCAGCUAAAUUUGAGGAAUUAUCUUGGUAUUGUCCUCAAUAUAAUGGUGUGGAUGCUUAA